AUGGUUUUGCUCAUUAUGGUUGAUGGUAAGACUGCCUUUGGUCUCUACUUCCCCAGGAAAGAGUACUCGGAGAAUGUCUACAUCGAUCAACCAGCAGGUACGCCGCUCCUGCGCAUCCAUGCCAUGAGGGAUUCACACGGGGAAGUGGCCCACUUUCAUCUGUGCCAGAAUCUCAUCAUUUCUCGAGCAAGAUCCCAUGAAAAUCAUUGGUUUCAAAUCAGAGAAAGAACAGGACUUCUCUACCUCAGCAAAAGCCUGGAUAGAGAGGACUUUAACAUGCUGUCUGUAGGAAACUGGAUGCCACUAUCAAAGGUGAUGCUGUAUGUCUUCCUUUCAUCCCACCCUUUCCAAGAGAAGGAAUGUGAUUCUGCUAUGCGCACCACAGUUUUCCUCUCCUUGAUCAAUGCUACUGCACCAGCUUGCAGUUCUCUGACAGCAAGGCAGCUUUGCUUCACAGAAAUGGAUCUCUCCUUUCACAUCAAGGAGAAUAAACCACCUGGCACGUUUCAUCAGCUCCAGUUACCCUUGGUUCCUCAUCUGUGUCAGAAUCUCAGCAUUUCCUACAAACUGCUGGCAGCUGAAGGUAUGCCUUUUCGAUACAAUGAGAACACCACCGGCGUGAGUGUGACACAGCGCCUAGAUCGAGAAGAGAGAGAGAGAUACGAGCUGAUUGCCAAAUGUACCGUGAGAGAGGGCUUCAGGGAAAUGCAGGUUGAGGUGCCCUUCCUGGUGAAUGUGUUGGAUGAAGAUGACUCUCCUCCCUUCCUUCCCAAUGGUACUGAUACUGCAGAUGCUGUCGUGGAGUUCAACAGGAAAGAGGGAACUGUCCUUGCAACGCUAACUGUAUACGAUGCAGACACCACACCCAUUUAUCCCCUUGAAAGCAGCAGAAAGAAGUACACAGGAACCAUCAUUACCGAUGAUCCCUGGAUAAGUGAAACAUUCCGGGUAGAGCACAUCUUCGAUGAAAUCCACUUCAGCCCAAAUGGCAGCCAAGUGAGGGGAACCCAACAUGAGUACAAACUGGUACUGAAUAAAAGUAUUUCAGUCACAGAGCAUCGUUCCUUCCAGUUGGAUGUUCUGGUGAAUGACACAGAAUUUCAUGGCCCAGAAAGAUCACUGAUGCUUCAUUUCAAUGUCUCCAUCCUCCCUGUCAGCAUUCAGUUUCCAAACAUGACUUACCAGUUUACAGUGAACCGAAAUGCUGAACGCUUUGCACAAAUAGGAAAAAUCUGCAUCGAAAACUGUCUGAAAUUCCGUGGUGUGAACAUCACCUACAAGUUACUGUCCCUCAAUGUCAGCUGCUAUCCUGUCAGCAUACUUCAAGGCCGAGAAGACAAAUACGGAAGCCUUUAUGUGAAUGAUUCCUCUGUGCUACGCAGACCUGAAUGCAAGGAAAUACAAUAUACUAUUCAAGCUACGGACAAGCAGAGCAGGAAACAUGCCAAAACCCUCCUGACCAUUGUAUUGGAAGGAACUCUUUUAAAAGAAGAGGACUGCCCUGACUCUUGCGCUGUGAGUAAGCACCGUGCUGAAUGCGAAGAGUGUGGUGGCCUGGGAGUGCUAACAGGAAGAUGCCAGUGGAGACAGGGGAGUGGAAAAGGGAUCACCACAAACUAUUCCACCUGCACCCCCAGUAUCAAGACUUGUCCGGAUGGCACGUGUGAUGCAGUUGAGAGCAAAGAUCCCUCUGUCUGCCCCCAAGACUGCACAAGUGGAGACAUUAUUGGUGGUCAUGGGAAAGGCACGGGAAAUCUUGGAAUUAAGUCAGGACAUGGGAUUUGUUACUGCUUCCCAAGACAGAACUGUUAUUGUGAGAAAGAUGAUAUCAAGGAGCAACUAUGUGAUGAAGUGUGCAAGACUGUGAUAGCAGGGGCAGUGCUGCUGUCCUUCAUCAUCUCCGUGCUCCUUUCUUCCUAUUUCAUCCAUCGAUAUCACAAGAAUUCUCCAAAGCCACCUAUUGCCUCUGCAGAAAUGACAUUCCGGCGCCCAGCCCCGUCCUACCCCAUCAGUUAUUCUUCCACUAAUGUCCGCCGGCCUUCCUUAGAUUCCAUGGAGAACCAGGUGUCUGUAGACACCUUUAAAAUACCAGAAGAUCCAAAGUGGGAAUUCCCUCGGAAGAACCUGGUUCUGGGCAAGACUCUUGGAGAAGGAGAAUUUGGAAAGGUUGUCAAGGCAACAGCAUUCCGACUCAAGGGAAGGGCUGGCUAUACCACUGUGGCAGUGAAAAUGCUGAAAGAGAAUGCUUCCCAGAGUGAGCUGCGAGAUCUGCUUUCAGAGUUCAACCUUUUGAAACAGGUCAACCAUCCUCAUGUCAUCAAACUUUAUGGAGCCUGCAGUCAAGAUGGCCCACUGUAUUUAAUUGUCGAAUAUGCUAAAUACGGCUCCUUGCGCAGUUUUCUCAGGGAAAGUCGAAAAGUGGGACCAAGCUACGUGGGUAGUGAUGGCAACAGAAAUUCAAGUUAUUUGGAUAACCCUGAUGAGAGAGCCUUAACAAUGGGCGAUCUGAUUUCGUUUGCGUGGCAGAUAUCGCGAGGAAUGCAGUACCUUGCAGAAAUGAAGCUCGUCCAUCGUGAUUUAGCAGCCAGAAAUGUAUUGGUGGCAGAAGGGCGCAAAAUGAAGAUUUCUGACUUUGGCCUCUCCCGUGAUGUAUAUGAAGAAGAUUCAUAUGUCAAGAGGAGCAAGGGUCGGAUACCUGUUAAAUGGAUGGCCAUAGAGUCCCUAUUUGAUCAUAUCUAUACAACACAAAGUGACGUGUAA